AUGACCUCCCGGCCAAUCGCCGCCGCCGCAGCCCCUCCCCCAACCUCCGCCGCGAACGGCCACCACCACCACCACUACUACCCGCCGCCGCCACCCUCUUCUUCCUCCUCCUCCGCCUCCCUGCGCGGCUGCUGCUGCUGCCUUUUCCUCCUCUUCUCCUUCCUCGCCCUCCUCGUCCUUGCCGUCAUCCUCGUCAUCGUCCUCGCCGUGAAGCCGAAGAAGCCGGAGUUCGAUCUGCAGCAGGUCGGCGUCCAGUACGUCGGUAUCAGCCCCACCACCGCCUCGUCCGCCGCCGUGUCGCUCAACAUCCGGAUGCUCUUCACCGCCGCCAACGACAAUAAGGUGGGGAUUAAGUACGGCGAGUCCAGAUUCACGGUCAUGUACCGCGGGAUACCGCUGGGCAGGGGCGAGGUACCCGGGUUCUACCAGCCCGCCCACAGCGUGAGGCAGGUUGAGACCACCAUCGUCGUGGACCGGGUCAGCCUGCUCCAAGCGGACGCCGCCGAUUUGCUGAGGGACGCCUCGCUUAACGACCGAGUUGAGCUCCGGGUCGUGGGCGAUGUCGGGGCGAAGAUCCGUAUUCUAGGUUUCACUUCGCCCGGUGUGCAGGUCAGCCUACUCGCUCUCUCUCACCUCAGCUUGUUGCGGAGAACAUAUUUAACUUAA